AUGCCGACGACAUCAUCUGCCCCGGUGUACGUCCCUAGUGCGAGUAGAAAGCUUCGAAAAGCCGGCGACACCCCGUACAUGUCCAUCCACAGCUUAACCCGGCGCAGAUUCCCAGUGCGAGUGAGAAGCAUGGGGCGCCUCAGUCACACUAUUCCACCACGGCCCACCGUCCACGGGGUGUACCAAGGGUGCGAACCAAGGCCGUGCCCACGUUUCUUGCUUCCCGUUACCCAAAGCCGUCUCCAGCAAUGGGCCGACCACGUCUUGCUGUCGGGACCCUUUGGAGACUGCCGCGCCGGCACAGUGCUUCCGGUCCACGUACAACUAACCAACCCCCGUAACGGCACUACCUCCUCGCUGCAGGCAAUCCCAGAAGCCUUCCGGGGAAGGACGCCUGCCUUUCCGGCUGGCAAAGUUUUUUGUGCCACGCUGGCUCGCAUCGCGAGAUUGGGCCUUGUCUUGUGCGCCUCUAUGCGGGUGGCGCGCCGAACCGCCGAUCGGACUCUUCCUUCACCGCGAUCAGUGGAAAACUCGUCAAAGGGGAGGUCUGUCGAUUAUACAUGGGUGUUGCGAGGAAAGGCGUUCCGUGUAGUGACGGUGCUUAGGGCGACAGGUUGAAGAGUUUUUCGUGUGUGCGCGCCUGUUAGGGCUACAGGCGGAAGUCCCGCGCAAACGUUAACAGCAUGGUCCGUGCGCCCAUACUGAAAAUUUUGUGUACGGGAGAGAGUUGAUAUAUCUCCUUGGAGAUUAAAUAUGGCAACGG